UCCACUCGUUCGUUAAGGGGCGUCUGACUGAUUCCAGACCUUGGCUAUGGUGAUCAACCUGGUCGUGUGUUCCUUCUUAAAGCAACUUCAACCCCCUCUUCCUCCAGGUCAUUUUAAAGUGCCAGCAUACGCGUCCCCACGGGACUGACAAAACGCAUGACAUGUCCUAUGAAACCUUUUUGAAAGCCACUCUGAGGCCAGAGCCUGCAAAUGUCACAGGGAAUUCCACCGCAGCGAGCAGCCCUGCCUCUCCAGGGCCCCGGGACGUCUCCACGGAGAUCUGUAACGUGUCCUUUGAGGACACCAGGAUGGUCCUGGUGGUGGCCUACAGCACGGUGUGUGCCCUGGGCCUGCCGGCCAACGGCCUGACCGCCUGGCUGGCGUGGCUGCAGGUGCUGCGGGGCAACGUGCUGUCCGUCUACCUGCUGGGCCUGGCCCUCUGCGAGCUGCUCUACGUCAGCACGCUGCCGCUCUGGGCCGUCUACAUCCACAACCGGCACCGCUGGACCCUGGGCCCCCGUGCCUGCCAGGCGACCGCCUACAUCUUCUUCUGCAACAUCUACAUCAGCAUCCUCCUGCUGUGCUGCAUCUCCUGCGACCGCUUCACCGCCGUGGUGUACGCCCUGGAGAGCCGCGGCCUCCGCCGGCAGAGGACCGCCGCCUCCAUCGCGGGCUCCAUCUUCCUCCUCGUCGGGCUCGUCCACUACCCGGUGUUUGACAUGGAGCCCGGGAGGGAGUCCUGCUUCGAGCCCCUGCAGAUGAGCGGGAGGAUCGCAGCCUACCACUACGCACGGUUCACCGUCGGGUUUGCCCUCCCUCUCGCCGUCCUCGCCUUCACCAACCACCGCAUCCUCAGGAGCAUCCGGGUGAGCGAGGGUCUGACUGCCGCCCAGAAAGCCCGCGUGCGGCGUCUGGCCGUCGCCGUGGUGGCCAUCUUCCUCGUCUGCUUCUCCCCCUACCACGUGGUGCUCCUCGUCAGAGCUGCCGCCUUCUCCUCCCACGGGGGGGACCCCGCCGCCCUGUGCGCCCUCGAGGGCGGCCUGUACGGCGUCACGGUGCUGUUCCUCUGCCUGUGCACCGUCAACAGCGUGGCUGACCCCAUCCUCUACGUCCUGGCCACAGAACACUCUAGGCAAGAAGUGUCCAGAGUCUACCGGAGGUGGAAAGAGGGGGCUGCGAGGACGAGUGCCCCCGGGCUCCCACAGUCCCGGGCCUCAGAGGCGCCCAGCUCACCCACCACACUAACAAACAAUUUGUGCCCCCUCGUCCCGCCCGCCCAUCGCGGUCCCAGCCAGCCACCCGGGACUCACCGUGGCCCCCAGGGAGGCUGGCGGGGGACAGUGCCGCAGGGGACAGUGGCAGGCACGGAGGCUGGGGCAGAGAGCCCGCCGGGCAGCGUCCCGGCUGCGAUGCCACUCGGACACACGGGUGACCGCGCCUUCCUAAAGCCACCGUCCCCGAGCCUCCGUCCGCUGGGGCCGCGCGCCAGGCUCCCCCGCGGGGCGGGUGACGGCUCACCCCGGCACCCAGGGGCCCGGAUGCUCCCGGGUGAGAACCCGAGGGAAGCCCCGCCCCGCACGGAGGUCGCUGCCACACCCUCCGGCUUGGGGUGGGGUGGGCUAUCAGAGGGAGGGGAUCUGGAAGAGAGGGAGAGAGACGCCGAGGAAAGAAGGCAGCAAGAGGUGCCUUCCUGGGGCGGCGCAGUGCCCGGCCUCACCUCAGGCCAAGCCAGGGCUUCUGAACAGGAGAAGCCCGAGCUCUGCCUGCGGAGCAGUGGAGAGGCCCAAGUCCCGGCCUGA